AUAAAUAAAUUCCAGUUAGUAUUGUUUUCAUAUUGUAAUUUUGGGAAUGGACUAAAACAAUCAUCAUCUACAUGUGCUGCAUCUCCUUGUGCUUGACACUGAUGAUAAAAAAGCAGGCUUUAAUUGAAAAGCCACUGCUAACUGAAACAAAAAAGACAGAAUUACCCAUAAUUCAGCAGACAUGUUGAAUUAACAUCAACAUCUCCUUUAGUCAACUUUUCUUUUAAUCAGGGAAGGAUAUGAAGGCAUUCCUUUUCAUUUUCAAGGCACAGACACUUAAAAAACAAAACCAUGGGGUUAAAUUCAGUUCACCUUAGUCUCAUAAACAAAUAUGAACUUCCCAAGUUACAUUAUUAUACUCUUUAUGGUUUUGGUACUUUCAGUUACAGACUACGUGUGUGAAGUGUGUUAGACUAUGUGCUAAAAGUCUUUUUCUAAAUAUGUCAACUUUAUGGCUGUGGUUCCAAAGUCCGUGAACUGUGAUCAACUGCUAUGAUAAUGAUAACGAUAUGAUUAACAACCGCAAAGUUGGGGUUGAUGCAGUACUUCUGGCAUCCAGAGCAUUAAGGGCUGAUAAAGGGCCGAUUUAUUCCAAACUGAAGUAUCUAUUUUGAGAGCUCAAUGAUAUGCUUCUGUGCCUAAACACUGGAAUUCAGCUUUAAAUUACAGGAAAAAGUAAUAAACAUAAAAUGAUGACUUAUGGCCAAGCUUAAAUCAACACACUGCUGUUUCAUUGUGUGGAAAACAAUAGACUAUAGUUAACCUAGUUUUUGCUGUUAAUAGGCUUCUGUAUUGGCUGUGAUACACAAUCCUCACAAUCUGCUUUUGCCUGCACAACUAGAAGAUGCCACACUAAGUGACUUUGUUUCUGAAUUCGAGCCUGGCUGUUGUCACAAUGAAAGGUCACUUUCCUUGCAGAUCUCAUGUGGAGUGAGGAAAUUAUGAGGACGUCACGUGUCUGGCGGUCACAAGGACAACCUCCCCAAAAUAGAGGACAUCUUACCAACACACACGAGCAUCAGCUCAGCACAAGGUACCCAGAAUCAUGAAACAGCUACCUGCAGACACUGUGCGGCUGUUGUCCAGCUCACAGGUCAUCACCUCUGUGGUUAAUGUUGUAAAAGAACUGGUUGAAAAUUCCAUGGAUGCUGGAGCUUUGAGUAUUGAUGUUAAACUGGAGAACUAUGGUUUAGACCGGAUAGAGGUACGAGACAAUGGCCAUGGAAUCAAAACUGCAGAUACUCCUGUAAUGGCUGUCCGGCAUUUCACUUCAAAGAUCUGUAGCCAUGAGGAUCUCAACCACCUUGAGACUUAUGGCUUCCGAGGAGAGGCAUUAGGCUCCAUCUGCGCUGUUGCUGAGGUGUCCAUCACCACAAAGACAAAUGAGGAUGACAUCAGCACCCAAUACAUGCUAGACCUCACAGGGCACAUUGUUUCCCAGAAGCCAUCUCAUUUGGGUCAAGGUACAACAGUGAGUGUACUGAAGCUUUUUAUGAAUCUUCCCGUGAGGAGGCAGUAUUAUUCUUCCACCAAGAAGUGCAAAGACGAACUGAAGAAAGUACAAGAUCUGCUAAUGGCCUACGCAAUUAUAAAGCCUGAACUGAGGGUCACUCUUGCUCACAAUAAGGUGGUGGUUUGGCAGAAGACCAAGGUGGCUGAUCACAGAAGUGCCCUCGUUGCUACAUUGGGGCCCAGCGCUGUUGCCAGCCUGCUCCCUUGCCACCAUCAUCAUGAGGAACCGGAGAUUCUUUUAGAUGGCUUUUUUCCCAAGCCUGGAGCAGAUUACCUUUCCUCAAGCUCAUCAAGUCAAGACAAAACAUUUAUAUUUGUCAACAACCGACCUGUCCACCACAAAGAUAUAAUGAAGUUGCUACGUCAACACUACACAGCUCAGUAUGAGGAAGAGGCCACCCGGAACAGACAUCCAAUCCUCAUGCUCAAAGUCACCGUCUCACCCUCAUCUGUGGACGUCAAUCUGACACCAGACAAGACUCAGGUUCUUCUUCAUCACAAGGAGGCCCUGUUAACUGCUGUUGAAGCAUUGCUGGUUUCUCUCUAUGGAUUUCGGGCAACUACAGAUCACCUGCUCGGGAAGCAGCUCAGCCAUACAUCUUCCCCAUCGUCUAGUCCUCCACGAACCAAGACUUUGCAAAUAGGCAGUGAUAGAAGUGUGGGGAGAAGUGACACUUCUAAUAAGCAUAGUGCUAUUGUCCACAAAGAUGCACCUGAACACUGUACCACAACUGUUUCAGCAACACUAACCAGUAAAGUAUCACUGCACCGCCAGACCUCAAAUAGUAGCUCAUCUUCUAUAGCGGAGGACUGGAUUGUCAACCAGAUAUCCAGUGGGCUUGAACCUAACUUUUCUCUCUGUGAUGAUGAAAUGACUCAGAACAGUACUGACACAAAAGAAAAGGACUCACCAAUCAAAUCUCCUGAGAAACCUGAAGACAAUUUAGGUCCAGAGGUGAGCAAAGAUCAUUCGUCAGCUGAGGACUGGAGCCGGGGAACAGCUUUCAAAGACCCUGUGUCAGAUGAACCCCUGCAACCUGUCAUCAUUCAUCAACCUUCAGUGCACAAUAAUGCAGUGACUCAAAGCAGCACAAACAAAAAGAUGAUAAAUGCCAUAACAGAAAAACGGGCUGCUCUGACUGCCUACGACCUGAUCAGCAACCGCACCAUGAGGGCACCGCUGUCUCCUGCCACGCUGUUCGAGAAGGAGGCCAGAGCUGAGGUCCUCAGGGAGAAGCCCACAGCCAGUCUGCAGGAUAUCAGCACGGCCGUUGAUGAGAGAUGGAAAAAUCUGACGGAGGCAGACCGUAAGAAGUAUGAAGAGAAGGCAAAGAAACACCUCGAGCACCAUGACCAAAGGACCAAGUUGGCCUCUGCUCAGGGCCCCAGAGAGCCGGCCGCCAUCACCCCAAGAGGCCAUGCAGUGGGUCAGAAACGAAAGGCCCCGCUCUCUAACCAGCAGCUGUUGGACAAACUCUUCUCUGCUCAGCCCCAGAAGAAGAUGAGGAACCUGGCUUCUAAGCCGUCACAGCCCCUUCCCUGUUGCGUGGCUGCCCUUCGACUGCAGCUUCAACGCCUCUCAUCCCAGGGCCGUGCAGCACCACAGGGCAUCCGUCUUGUAAACCAGCUGGCCUCUCAGAGCGCCUGGGUCAUUUUAUGUGGUCAGAGGCUCAUGUUGUUAAAUCCAUUUCGGGUGGAGGAAGCCUUGCUGUUUAAGAGACUUCUAGAGAAUAAUAUACUUCCAGCCGCGAGUCUCCAGAACCCUAUACAGUUAACAGAUGGAAAUCUAGGGGGAGCUGAGUAUACGAAGACUCUGUGCCACAUGGAGCAGCAUCAUCCUGAGCUCGACGGAGGGGUCCUGUUCUCUGAUCCAAGGCUUGUUGCAAAUGGGUUUCAAAUCAAACUCACUCCAGGGCUCACGUCAGCCGAGAGACAUCUGGAAGUGACAGCAAUGGCAGACUGUGUGCCUUUCCUCAGCCUAGAGGACCUCAGGGAGAUCCUGACUGCAGUUCUUCACAAAAAGGCUAAGACAGUGCAGGAGUGUCGGCCACUUAAAGUCACAAACUACCUAAAAAGCGAAGCUGUUCGACUUGUGCGUCAGUUACCUUUAAAUUUAUCCAGGGAAGAUGUAAAGGAAACACUUCAGAGGAUGGAGCAGCAGCUUGGUAAGAGCAACCAGGCCUGCAUUCAUGGACGGCCAUUUCUUGAGCACCUCUCUGAUAUCCCAUGUACAGAGCUGGAGGCCAAGGCUCUGCUUAGGCCUUUAGACUUGUGAAAGUACAUUUUUGAACUAGAAAGUACAUGUCCCUGCACAACGUUGGUUAAAAUUUUUCCUUGGCCUAUACCCUACCUUUCUGCCAAGUUUCAUGAAAUGAAAUGCUGACCAACUAACACAAAUUGUAAUGAAAAUAUUAGCUCUUUAGCAAUGGAAAAAUGUACCCCUUCAUCCUGUCACUGUAAACUCUGUAUUAUCAUAAUUCUAUUUUGUCACAGACAUUAAUAAAUGUAUUUGAACAAAAU